CACCUCAAACAUAUAUGCAACAGACUUCAGACAACACAACAUAAGUGUCCACUAGGUGGGGUAGUGGGUUGGAACUAUCCCCAAUUCAGUUCCUGCAGCCAUGAUAGAAGCAGCGCAUGUCACCUCAGUGUGGACAGGGGGAGGAGCAUUGAGGGUUGGAGGGUUGCAGUGACCCUGGAACGAUUCAGCGGCCUUCCCGCAGUCCCGCCCAGGCUGGGAUAGGAGACCGAGUUGAGUUGCCAUAGCGACGGCACAUUCCACAUAUUUUCUGAGGGGGGAGUUUUCGUUGGAGCCUUGCAGGCUCAAGGGCGCCAGAUUCCGAUUAGAAAUUGUUUUGGGGCCAGACCGAGAUAAUUUUCUCUCUGUCUUACAGUUCCUUGGUCCUCAAUCUCUCAAAAUCCCAAGAAUGGACAUUAAUCUAUCCCAAUCCAUGUGAUUCGUCCACUCUAUCCUUGAUGGCAUCCAUCUUUAGUGCCAAUGAAUGAAUCUCGGCCAAAGUCUCAAGCUUACGAUUCAUCUCGACUAGGGAUGCACCGAUACCGAUACCAGUAUCGGGUAUCGGCCUCGAUACCAAAUUUUCCAAAGUACUCAUACUCGUUAAAAGUCCCUCGAUGCCAGGGACCGAUACCACGGUCUGAGAAAUGUCUAUGUUUGAGCAGCGAGUAAGGGAUUAAUCACAGGUGCCGAGUGCCCGCCCCCAGGGUCCCAGCUGCAGCUCAGAGCAGGGAGAAAAGGCGAGAUGAGACACGGGAUGAAACAUCAUGUCAGCAGUGUGGAACUAUUUCAAAGUGGAUGAAGAUGACAAAACAAAGGCGGACUGCAAAUUAUGCUCGGCGAAAUUGUCCAGAGGAGGCGCAAAAGGUUUAACACAAGUAAUUUAAUCAAGCACCUAAAAUCCAAACACGACAACGAGUACAAAGAGUUUACCGAUGCUUCUAAACCAGCACAACCCACGCUGCAGCAAACUCUUGCAAGACGAGAGAAAAUGUCCAAAGACAAUCCACGUGCUGUGAAAAUAACACAAGCUAUUAUGGAGUACAUUGCACUGAGUGACCAGCCACUCUCGGAGGUAGAAAAUGUGGGAUUCAUGUUCUGGAGCCCAGAUAUGAUGCCCCAAGCCGCCGCUACAUGACUGACACAGAGCUGCCCAAAUUACACGACUCUGUGAAAAAACAUAUCCACAGCCGACUGCAAGUCUCUUCUGAGUUUAGUUUCACCACGGAUAUUUGGACCAGCAGUGUUAGCCCCGUGUCGCUAAUUAGCCUAACUUCCCAGUGGAUAGACGAGAGUUUCACACCGCAACGAGCCACAUUACAUGCGAAACAACUCCGCGGCUCGCACACCAGCCAGGCUAUAGCGCAUGUGUUUGAGGAAAUGCUCCAGACACGGGGUAUACCUAAAACAUCAGUACACGUUGUGCUUCGUGACAAUGCCAAAAACAUGAUUAAAGCCAUGAAUGACGCAGGGCUCCUAAGUCUGCCGUGUGUCACGCACACGCUCCAGCGGGCUGUUCACGAGGGCUUAUUAGCACAGAGGAGCAUAGCUGAUGCUAUAGCAGUGGGGCGAAAAAUAGUUGGGCAUUUUAAGCAUUCCGCCUUAGUCUACUCCCGCCUCGAGGACAUUCAGGGACAGCUGAACCAGCCAAUAAAGAGACUGCAGCAGGACAUACAGACGCGCUGGAACAGCACAUAUUACAUGCUUCAGUCCCUCAUUGAGCAAAAGCGAGUGCUGGGGGUGUAUGUGUCUGAGCAUGAACUCCCUGACUGUCUCACCGCUCACCAAUGGGCUCUUAUUGAGAAGACUGUUGCCAUACUCGCCCCCUUUGAGGAACUAACUACAAAAGUGAGCAGCUACGACGCACUAGCCUCUGAUGUCAUCCCAGCUGUGACUGUGCUUGUGAGACUUCUAAACAGAGAAACUGACGAGGACCACGGUGUGAAGACAAUGAAAGCAACCUUACUGACAGCUGUCAAGAAGCGCUUCAGUGGCGUGGAGACCAACCCACUGUACUUCAUCUCCACCAUACUUGACCCAAGGUAUAAAGAUCGCUUCUUCUCCACCAACACUGCCUCAGAGGCCAAGCUGCACCUGAAGCAGGAGCUGCAGAUGAUGUCCAGAGCUGAGUCAGAGGGUAGUCGGGCGGAAGCUGCAGAACCUCCUCCUAAACUGUUCCUCAAGGCCCAGGCCAGCACUAGCAGCAGUCUGGACACUGUCUUUGAAGAAAUCGCCAUGGAGCAGGCCCAAGCAGCACAGCCGCUGGCAGCAGGAGCAGCCAUUGAGCUCGACAAAUACCUCGGAGAGGCUCCAAGCCCUCGUGAAGACAGUCCUCUGAAGUACUGGGGUGUCAACAAAAUCAGGUUCCCCACUUUGGCUAAAAUGGCCCGUAAAUACCUCUCAGCUCCAUGUAGCAGUGUGGAAAGUGAAAGGCUCUUUAGCUCUGUGUCACACAUUUUAGAUGAAAACAGAAACAGGCUUACUGCUGAUAAUGCAGAAAAGCUACUUUUCUUAAAAAAAAACCUGCCUCUCACUUUUUCUAAAUAGGCUCCAUUAAGUGAGCCAUCUUGGAGUUUAUUUUAAUACCUACCUCAGUUGCACUGACUGCCAGAGUCCAAUGUUGGUGGUUGUUGUUAGUUUAUUCGGAUAUUGUGCACUAAACAGCAAAGAUGUUUAUUAACGCCUCUUGUGCUGUCCAAAGCGGCAGAGUUUACAACAAACUGAAAAAAAGUACUUGAGUUGCAAUGUUUACCUUUUUUUAUAAUUAUUUAUUCCUUAAUAUGUUGCAUGAAAGAUGCUGCAGUUUUCAUUUUUAAAUAAAUGUUCUUAAUUCCAAACUAGUGCCUUGUUUUUUUUGUUAAAUUAUGAGACUAAAGCUGUUACCUGUAAAUUUAAAUCAUGAUUUUAUUAAGUACUUGGUAUCGGUAUCGGUGAGUACUGAAAUGCAAGUACUCGUACUCCUACUUGUUUUCCAAAAAAGUGGUAUCGGUGCAUCCCUAAUCUCGACAAUUAUGUGAGUCUGUGAAUUCACAACGCGGUUUAAUCCAUCUCUGAGCUCCGGGGUGAGGCCAAUAUUCCUCGACAGCUCAUUAAUUUUCCGGUAAGCCAGGUAGCCUCCAAGGCCAAUGAGCAGGAAACCCGACACCAACACCACGAAUAUCCACACGUCUUCAGAGUCCUCCACAGACAGCUGAGAUAAACAAAUCAAGUUCCACUGUUUCCAGGAGUCCAUGAUGUGUCCAACUGGGUCUGUCCCGCAGGGGCAUCCAGGAGCCCCUUCUCCCGCUCUCAUCGUUGAAAAACUUUUAUCAAUCGCAUUGAGUGACCAACUGAUGAGAUCCAUUUUAGUGAUUUCAGUUCCCAGUUUCCAGAAAAAUGCAGAAGCAGCCGAGCACCCAGCACACAGAGAUAGACAAAGGCCUUGAGGAUGAGAUAAGGAGGAGAGGAGGAAAAAAGCAUCUGCACCCUCCGAGAGCCGGAAGAAGACCGUUCCCUACCUGUAAUUUUGCAGCUAUAUUUGCUAUAUUUAUAAAUGCAAAGAAGGAGAGCCGUGGAUGUGUUGCACGUAAUUUAGAUAAUCAGUCCACACUGCCGCAGGCUCAAAGCGAGUGUUGUGUGUGUUAUAAUGUCACAGACUGGUUCGGGUUGAGUUUUUGUACCAGUUAGUAAUAUCAGCGCUGAUGCAGAGCAGGAGGGACACUGAUGAGCAGCUCCUCCUUCUGCUAAAAAGCUGACCCGGUUCUGAGUCCAGUUCUCAUUAGAACAUGUCUGAUUCUGGACACUGAGUUAGAUCUGAGAGCAGUCAGAUCACUCACCAGCCAUGUUAUAAAGCACAUAUAUUAGACAGUUUGUUUUGUACAUGAUCUAAGUUUCUAAACUCCCACAACAACGUGAUGUUAUUAUUAUUUUCAGGCUAAAUCUGCCCAAUAAAUCUGCUGUCAGACUGAUGUAGUCCCCCACCGGCCUGCAGCGGUCCAGGCUAGAAGUCUUGCAGCCUCCCAGCAGCUGCGUAUCUGACACUGGGACCAUGAUGAGAAUUCCACCCAGAGCAGCUUCUACACUCCUGAACAGACCCAGGUGUGGUGGAGAGCUACUGAGCAGCUUCCAUCUGAAUGACAGGACAAGCUCUAUGAACUGAUCCAGGCUAAAUGAACCCAAGUAAUCUGCUGUCAGACUGACUGUUGCAGCUACAAAUGGUCCAGACUAACAUGAAGCCUUGCAGGUGUAGUAAAACUUAUUGCUACACGUGUGCUGCUGCUGCAAGCUUGGAGCUAGAUUACAUCAUGACAUCAUGAAGGAGACUACUGAUUCUGGUCCUGUGACACUUGGUGACGUGACACUCAGCAAAAUAUGGACUCUACACCAUGAGGCAGGCACACAUUAAUACUCUAUAAGAGCACAUAAGCAUGAGGAUGUCCUCACACACCUGUAACCUAUCAGCUCAUCUGGCAGAAUAGAGAGAGAAGAGACAACACCACAUCUCCUGUUCCUGGAAAGCCUUCAGCCAUCCUUCGAUGACUGAGAACCUCCAUCAGC